UGUUACGUCAGAAAAUGGCUGCCAAUAUUUUCUAAAACAAACUUUGAAACUAUUUUCAUUUAUUUUACACGUUAUAUUAGCUAUUCACGCCUAUGGAAUAUUUCCAAAUAAUAGAAAUUAUUUCCAGGUUCAUAAUGACUAUAAGUUCUAUGGAUUUAAGAGAGGAAUUUUGUGUGAUUUUCAGGAAAUGGUACGGUGAAAAUAAAUAAUAUCAGGAAAACAAGUUCAAACAAUUGAACCUCAGUCAAAACAAAUUCAUAUAGAUCUAAAUAACAAAAUUUUAAAUAUUCAGAUCGGUAUUUAUCUGCUCGCUUGAGGCAUUCUGGAACACUUGAGGUGAAAACAGAUAUGUUUUAGAACCGAUCUCAAUGACAAUUAAUAAUACUCGACUGUCAGUGUGAGUAUUGGGAUAAUUACAAAUAUGUGGCUGACUGUCAUCUUCAUAUACAGCAUACUGAAUGCACAAAUAGAUCCGGUAAGAACAGAACAAGGAACUACUGUUGGAGUACCAGAUACAGGUGUAACAUGUUCAGACCCAGGGGAGAUUAAAGGUGGAUGGAGACGAGUGACAGUCUCUAUCAAAACACCAUUUUUACCUGGAACACAAAUUCAUUAUUCCUGUUAUAAGGACAUGGCUCUAUUAGGCUCAAGCAAAAUGGUAUGCAAUCAUCUUGGAUUCUGGGACCCUCCUGAAAAGCCUACCUGUACUUAUGUAGAAAGCUGUCCCCACCCAGUCAACUACCCAAACAGUGAGUUUGAAUUCAUUAAUGCACCAGAAAGAGAAAAGCAGAAAGUUCUCUACACAUGUAAAGCAGGCUACCAUAGAAAGGGAAGAGUUAAUGAUGAAAAAUAUACUCUGAUGGAAUGCCAGAAUGGAGAAUGGGUGGGUGGCCCACCAAACUGUGUGCCUGUGAUGUGUGUCCCACCUGGUGAUAAGGUGCCACCACAUGGUAACUGGUACAUGGCAGAUGAUGGUUAUUACAAACCAGGUUCAAAGAUUGAGUUUGAAUGUAUGCAGGGCUUUACCAUGGUGGGCUCCAGGAUAGUGGAGUGUCUCAACUCAGGCUCAUGGUCAGAUAUUCCUCCUAGAUGUAUACCUGAUGACCGUAUCUUGUGUUACAACCCUGGUGUGCCAGACAAUGGUUACCAUUUAUGUAAAUCUGAUGAAUGCAGUCCAUCUGUCCGCAGCAACAUGUACUAUGUGGGUGCCCAGUUGGCCUUCUACUGCAAUGAGAAUUUUGAGCCUGUAGGAGGCAAAGCCAUUAUAACAUGUGGGAAGACUGGAAAAUGGGAUGGUAUAUAUCCACAGUGUAGACAAGUUGCCAGUACUAGUCCUGUCCCUGUUGUGACUGUUGACCACUCCCCUAGCACAAUGACAAUAGUGAUAGCAAUAUCAUGUAGUAUCCUCGGAAUUCUCCUACUCAUCACGAUUCUAGUCGCAUUCCAGCGCAAGAAGAUCCCCUUUCGAUGUUACAAUCAAACCACACGGCCACCUGGUGGUCCACCACCAUACUCUCCCACCUCUAACAAUCAAGAAGUUCAAAACAUCCACAGAGACUCCAUUGAAGAGCAUGAUCAAGUAGCACUUAUAGCGUGCACUGAUGGUGGGGUACACAUGCAUGUAGUUUUGCCCUCCUAUGAAGAAGCUGUACGACGUACCAAUUCAGGUGCCCGAAGCCCAAGGGGAGGAAACCUAAGGCAUUUAGACUACCGCCCAUUACCUAGUUUACCUCCAAACAUGCGGGGUAGAGACACAAGGAGUUUACACGAGCGUGAUAGUCGUAGAACAUCCACAAUUACAACGACAAGCACCAAUAGGGAUGCUCUGUCUGAAAAUAUCAACUUUGGUUCAAUAGACACUAUGAAUGUUAGUGACACUGGAACUGUGCACACUAUGAACACAGUCAGUGAUGCAUCUACAUCUGUUACUGUGGACACCAUGGACUCUAAUUUAUCUAACCCAUCUAUAGCCACCUCCAGGCGGGCAACAGCUGGCAGUAUGUCGUCCAAUGAUAGCUUAGCUAAUGAAGAUGCUCCCCUUUUAUCAGACACAGGCAGGGAAACUAGGAGUGGAGACCAGCAAUCUCAUACAGCAGAUGAACAAGAUAUAAAACUUGACUAAAUGCUACUGUCUUAGAAUGUCAUCAAGUUUGGUCUGUCUGUAUUGUCUUUAGAUACACUUAUGUAUAGACCCAGAGACACUGUAGCUUCUACUGAUAACAUUCACCAGUAACCAUGAAUGAACUACCAAAAACUAGCACCUUUCAAAUAAAACCUUUAUUUAGUUUUGACAUGACUACUUAAAAUGGUGCAAAGGGAUUUGGGUUACAAAGUAGCUGUACAUAGAAUUCAU